CAACGUUUUGGGAAUGCGGAGCAAACGUAUUUUUCGGGCUUUUCUCUCCCCGCCGGCCCCACUCCGCGGAGUGUCUAGGACGCCGACACUCUAGAACCAAGCCCGCUCCGGCGACGGAGUGCCAAAGCCGGGGUCACCCCGGGACAAGCUCGGAGCCCGAACUUAGCAGAGACGCCUCCUUCGCAGAGGGUAGGCGGGCGGCGGCGGCGCGGCCCGCUGCUUGACAACGCCGUCGAGAGGCUCCUCCUCCUCCUCCCCUACCUCCUCCAUCCGCUUUCCCGAGCGCAGCAUGGCGGUCAAGGUUCAGGCAACCAAAAGAGCAGAUCCAAAUGAACUGCGUAACGUAUUUUUGCAGUAUGCCACUGUUGAACAAAGUGGAGAACGUUACAUGACACCUGAAGAUUUUGUCCGGCGAUACUUGGGACUGUAUACUGAACCUCAUUUUAAUCCUAAAACAGUGGAUUUAUUGGCAGGAGUAGCAGAUCAGACAAAAGAUGGGUUAAUUUCCUUCCAAGAGUUCUUGGCCUUUGAGUCAGUUUUAUGUACACCAGAUGCAAUGUUCAUUGUUGCUUUCCAGUUGUUUGACAAGAGUGGCAAUGGCGAAGUGACAUUUGAAAAUGUAAAAGAAAUAUUUGGACAGACCAUUAUUCAUCAUCACAUCCCUUUUAACUGGGAUUGUGAAUUCAUUCGAUUGCACUUUGGACAUAAUAGAAAGAAACAUCUGACAUACUCAGAAUUCACUCAGUUUUUGCAGGAGCUGCAGUCAGAACACGCAAGACAAGCAUUUGCGCUGAAAGACAAAAACAAAUCUGGCUUAAUCACCGGCCUAGAUUUCAGUGAGAUCAUGGUUACUAUCCGUCCACAUAUGCUUACUCCUUUUGUGGAAGAAAACCUAGUCUCAGCUGCAGGUGGAUCUGUCUCGCAUCAAGUCAGCUUUUCCUAUUUCAAUGCUUUUAAUGCUCUGCUGAACAACAUGGAACUUGUUCGAAAGAUAUACAGUCUCCUAGCAGGCACUAGAAAAGAUGUAGAAGUUACAAAAGGUAAAGGAGUCAACCUCAUUAUUGUUUAGAUUACUGACGUUUAAUGCUAUAUAGAAAACAAAGCUGGAGCAUCCUAUCUUUAACUCUAGACCCCUAAGGGCAGGAAUGGUCAGUAAAUGGUACCCCACCCAACCUGUAAGUCUCCUGUAGAGUUUUAUUGGAAUGUGCAUUCUCAACCCUUUUUUGCCCUUUUUAUGUAUUUGGAGAAACUAUUUGGUUUAAUUAUCUUAAUUAAAUUAAGAUAAUUAAGUUUCUGUUAAUGGAGAAAGACUUCUCUCUGAGAUGUCAAAGAGCCAAAUCAGGAUUGUACAGGGACCAUACUUGAUUUGGGGGCUGUACCCCAAACAAUUAGUGGGUCUGGCAGAAUAAAGCUCCAUUUCUAAAUAUUUUAAGUUGUCUGGGAAUAUGGGAAACAUUUUGGGAUUGUAUAUAAGUUUGAGAGAUGAUACAGAUCUUUUGGACUUCAGUUAGCUUAAUUGACUCCAAAUCAUAUUAUAUAAUUGCCUGCCCUUUGAAACAUCAUCUGAGAUUAGAUUGGCUUGGCCCCAUCCAUGCUGGCCUUGAAAACGUAGUUUUGUGUCUGACCCUGGGGACUUGGGGGGUGUUGACAGAGCCCAUCUCCUGAUUGUGUUGAUAGUUGCUGAGCUGGUGCCUGACUGCUAUGUGUUUUUCUUUAAUAUUAUGUAUUUUGUCUAUUUUACUAUAGGCCUCUUAGAGUCAUGUGUGUGAGAUGGGCAACUAUAUCAAUCAAUCACAUAAAAUUGUCUUUAAAACAUGAAUCCUCUGCAAGAAGGAUUUGUCUCGCAAGAACCGGAUAAUUCCUGUGACAUUAUUGAACAGUGUGUUUCCCUCUCCCGUAAAUCUACUUAGUACAACACAUUUAAUAGAGUCAUCCUGAGAGAAACCAAAAGACAGACAUCUGCAUUCUCCCCUGUUAUUUGUAUUGUGAUUUUUUUUUUAAAAAAAAGACGGGUUUUACAAAAAGUUGAUGGCCCCCUCAACCCUGCUUUUGUCCCUCCAAAGUACCCUUAGAAGGUUCAGAACAAUCCAUUUUUGGUUUUGCAAGACUACCAAAUAU